CUAAAUAUGGGAAUCUGUUAUGUCAAAAUAUCUACUGAAACCGAAGAAUCUGAAGGAUCCCUGCACUGCUGUAAGGACCAAAAUAUUAAUGGGAAUGGUCCAAAUGGCAUACAUGAAGAAGGUUCACCAAGUGAAAUGGAAACAGAUGAGCCAGAUGAUGAAUCUAGCCAGGAUCAAGAACUUCCCUCAGAAAAUGAAAACAGUCAAUCUGAAGAUUCAGUUGGGGGAGACAAUGAUUCUGAAAAUGGAUUGUGUAGUGAGGAUACCUGCAAAGGUCAACUCACAGGGCACAAAAAACGAUUAUUUACAUUCCAGUUCAACAAUUUAGGCAAUACUGAUAUCAACUACAUCAAAGAUGAUACCAGGCACAUAAGAUUUGAUGAUAGGCAGCUUAGGCUAGAUGAAAGAUCUUUUCUUGCUUUGGAUUGGGAUCCUGAUUUGAAAAAAAGAUAUUUUGAUGAAAAUGCAGCUGAGGAUUUUGAAAAACAUGAAAGUGUGGAAUAUAAACCACCAAAAAAACCUUUUGUGAAAUUAAAAGAUUGCAUUGAACUUUUUACAACAAAAGAAAAGCUGGGUGCUGAAGAUCCCUGGUAUUGUCCAAAUUGUAAAGAACAUCAACAAGCCACAAAAAAGUUGGACUUGUGGUCCCUGCCUCCAGUACUUGUGGUCCAUCUCAAGCGAUUUUCUUACAGUCGAUACAUGAGAGACAAGCUGGAUACUUUAGUUGAUUUUCCUAUUGUUGACUUGGAUAUGUCAGAAUUCCUAAUUAAUCCAAAUGCAGGUCCUUGCCGCUAUAAUUUGAUUGCUGUUUCCAACCACUAUGGAGGAAUGGGAGGAGGACACUAUACUGCAUUUGCAAAAAAUAAAGAUGAUGGAAAAUGGUAUUAUUUUGAUGACAGUAGUGUCUCAACUGCAUCUGAAGACCAAAUUGUGUCCAAAGCAGCUUAUGUCCUCUUCUACCAGAGACAAGAUACUUUCAGUGGAACUGGCUUUUUUCCUCUUGAUCGAGAAACUAAAGGUGCUUCAGCUGCCACGGGCAUCCCAUUAGAAAGUGAUGAAGAUAGCAAUGAUAAUGACAAUGACAUAGAAAAUGAAAACUGUAUGCACACUAACUAA